GGAGGAUAACGCAGAGGUGGUAAGAGGCUGGGCAGAGCUGGUGGGAACGUCCCCAUCGAGCUUGUGUUGUCCAGGAUUCGCCGCGAUGCAGUUCAUGGGCAAUUCCGACAGGCUCCAAUCCGUCAUUGAGAAAAUCCAGGCCAACAAGGAGAACAACCCUUCGCCUCCUCCAGAAGAAGGAGAAACAAGCGCUUCCGAAACUACAUCUGAGCCAGCAGAGUCGGAGCUAGGAUACAGUUUUGCUCCGACUGAGUUAGCCCCUUAUCCCUGUCAGUUUUGUGACAAGGCCUUCUCUCGUUAUAGCUAUCUAAAGAAACAUGAGCAGUCACAUAGUGGUUUGCUGCUCUUUCGCUGUGAUUUUUGCAAUAGGUUAUUCAAACAUAAAAGGAGUAGAGACAGACAUAUCAAACUCCACACUGGAGACAAAAAAUACAAAUGCAGCCAAUGUGAAGCGGCAUUUUCCAGAAGUGACCAUUUAAAGAUCCACAUGAAGACUCAUGACAACCAGAAACCUUAUCAGUGUGUCUAUUGCAAUCGUGGGUACAACACAGCUGCUGCUUUAACUUCACAUUUGCAAAAUCACAAAAAAGAAAUUACAUCAUUAUCUGCAAAUACAGAUAAAACAUCUAAUUCCAUCUUCAGAUGUCUUCGGUGUAAUAUCAUUUUUACAAAAUCUGAAGAACUUUAUAUUCACAUGGAAAAAAAACAUUCAAGUAACACUGAAUAUUUGAAAAAAACGGUUACUGUUGGUUCUGAUUUCAAUUCUGACUACACCUGCAUGUGCUGCUGCAAAGAAACUUUUCUUUCAGUUGAGGCUUUACAGUUGCACAUUAAAGAGAACCAUGAUGGAAUACUUAGAGACCACUCGAAGAGCUUGAAAAUUAGUGAACAGGCUUCUGAAAAUCCAGAAGUGUCCUGUGAAAUCUGUUGUAUGACUUUUUCAUCAACUAAAUUAUUGAAAAUUCAUAUUAAAUGUGUUCAUGGAGUGUUAAAUAAUGCUUCUACAGAGCGAUUAAUUGAUCAAACAAAACCAACUGAUCUAAGUAUUGUGAAGAAAAAUGAAGAAACUGUACCUUCAAAUUUUAAAAGGCUUCGUAUGACUGAAUCGACUAAUUGUGGUAUUGUAAAUAAUCAGCAAGAUGUCCAGUAUGAUCCAGGUACACUUCUGUGUAACCAAUGUAAUGCUGCCUUACCAGAUUUCGAAUCAUUUAGAAACCAUUUGAAAUCCCAUCUAGAAGAGAGUGGACUAUCCUCUAUUUCAGGAAUGAAACAGAAAUGGUUCGGUUUGUGUCCUUAUUGUAGACACUCAACAUCUUCAGUGCAAGAAUUAAUAAAACAUAUAAGCUCUCAUAUUCUAACCACUGUCACUGAAUACAUGUGUCAAAUAUGCCAAAAAUCAUAUCACAAUUCUAAUGAACUGGAGAAACAUUUAAUAGAGGUGCAUUCCCAUCACUUAUAUCUUUGCUAUGCUUGUAAAGAAGUUUUUGAUACAAAAUAUGAAAUCCAGAGGCAUUUUUUAAUGAAACAUUUUAGCGAAAUAAAAAAAUUUAGUUGCUGCAUAUGUCCUACAUUUCCACCGAUACAUUCUGAACUCGAAUUUGACCUUCAUGUGAGAACAGUUCAUUGUGGUUUUGAUUCUUCCCUAACAAUUCCAAACGUUUAUACUAAGCAAGGGUCAGAUUUAGAGAGAAAAUGUUCGGUACCCUAUCAAGCAUCACUGAAUAAUCUUUCUAUAAAUUUGGCAACAAGUUCACCAAAUAAUGAUUCGAACCUAGUGGAUGCUAGCAGUAAGAAUGAAACAUUACAAAAUAACAACAAUAACUUGACAGAAGUCUGUGGGUUUUGCAAGUUUGGUGACUUUAAGAAUGAAGCUGACCUAACAGCUCAUCAAAAACUUGUACAUCAUAUCAAGGAUGUUCAGUCCAAAGUCAGCCUUCAGUGUGCUUACUGCAGUGAAAACUGUAAAUCUAGAUCAGAACUAGAGAAUCAUAUGAAAGUACAUUGCCAAAGUUCUUUAAGUUUUGGAAAGCAUAAAUGUAACAUUUGCGAUGAAAUCUGCCAUUCUGCAGCAACUUUAGCUGAGCAUAAAUUAACGCACUGUAAGGUCAUAUAUGGCUCAACAUGCUCACAUUGCAAAGUGGUCAUAACCUCGGAGGAAAGCUUCAUAAGUCAUAUGAUGAGUCACAAUAACUGUUUAUCAAAAACAUAUCAACUUACACUGCCAGCACCUUGUGUCAUCUGUCGACAGACACUUGUUUCGGAGGCAGAAACUAGGCUUCAUGCCAAGUUCCAUUUGCAAAUAGAAACCAUCCAGUGUUCAAAAUGUCUUCAAAGUUAUGGAAGGAACGAUUUGAAAGAGAAUGUUUGCAUAAAUUGUUUUGAAGACCAGAAAUCACAGCAGAAAUAUUCUUGCUGUAGUGAUAGUCAUAAUACAGACAAAUCAAGUAUUAAGAAAUCAACUUUAGUUUGUGAUGUGAAAGGAAGUUUGGAGGACAGUAUUAAUAACAAUUUUCAACAAAUAUGUGGUGAAUCCAUUAGGGAAAAUACAUUCCAAAAUUCUGUUAAGCUGAAAGAAGAACCAAUUUCAUCUGAAGAACUUUAAAAAAAAAAAAGAAGAAACUAAUUCUUAUGUUAGUGACUAACAAUUUUUUAACAAAAUAAAAACUGAAAGCUUAUCCAUUAUUUAUGAUAUUUGUGUGUUAAAAAUUGAGAAAUAAAUGUUACAAAUAAAA